AUGGCAGCGCUUGCUCAGACAAUUAUAUCAGGCUGCGUUGGUGCAGGCAGCAAUAGGGAACUACAGAAGGCGUUAUCAGCGUUGUGCAUGAUUUGCUGCUUCGUUGUGGGUGUAGAAUGUCUCUGCUUCAAUGGCAGCUGUCAGGCAAGAAGCUCAUCAUGCUUGGAAGAGGGAAACUGCGGAUCUGGGUUUCAGUGCCAGCAGUGUCCUGCAAGAGGAAUUCUUGCUCCCAGAUGCACACGGAUCCGUCCCACCAAUCCUCUGUCUCAUGUGAAAUCUCUCCCCUUCAACAGAUACACAUGGCUCACCACGCAUAACUCGUAUGCCGUUCAAGGGAUGAAGGACGUGGGGGGCGUUCCAAGGCUUUCACCAUCGAACCAACAAGACUCAAUUCUAGGCCAACUCCAAAAUGGUGUGAGAGGACUGAUGUUGGACAUGUAUGACUUUGAAGAUGACAUCUGGCUGUGCCAUUCAUAUGGUGGCCACUGCCACAAUUUCACUGCAUAUCAAAGAGCUAUUGAUGUGCUGAUAGAGAUAAGAGAUUUCAUGAGGUCGAACCCUGAGGAGAUCAUUACCCUAUUCAUUGAAGACUAUGUGAAGGUACCACAAGGACUCAGCAGACUCUUCUUUGAGGCUGGUUUAAACGAGUUCUGGUUCCCGGUGACGAGAAUGCCGAAAUAUGGAGUCGGCGAUUGGCCGACAGUCUCUAAUAUGAUAAAGAGGAACCAAAGGCUGGUGGUGUUCACUUCCAAGAUGAACAAGGAGGAUUCUGAAGGCAUUGCUUAUCAAUGGACAUACGUGGUCGAGAAUCAGUAUGGUGAUGAAGGGAUGAGGAAGGGUGUUUGUCACAACCGGCAAGAGUCAUACCCAAUGAUGGUUAGUCUUUCACUUAUAUUGAUGAAUCACUUUCCAAGCCUCGCCGAUUACACCGGCUCCUGCCAGCACAAUUCUGCCGAGUUGAUGCAGAUGAUGCGCACUUGCUAUGAAGCUGCCUCCAGUCGCGUCCCCAACUUCAUUGCCGUUGAUUUCUACAAGAGAAGCGAUGGAGGAGGAGCUCCAGAAGCCGUAGACCAGGCAAACAGACAACAUCUGUGCCGUUGCUGGGAUGCAGCUCACUGCAAGGUUCUAAGCCUACUGCCUACCAGAACAAUCUCGUAUAAUCUUCACGGCAUUUUUCCUUGAAUCAAACCCAAUCAAUUGGAUUUGUUCAUGUUGCUGUCAUUCUUGCCGCAGAUGACUCGCUGGACUGCAAUCUGUAAGAAGGAUGGCCGGACACCAUUUGAAGUUGGCAGCCAAGCGCGUAAAGCAGCUUCGAUGAGCCUCAUUGUGCUGUUGCAGAUCUCCUUAUUCUUGCAUCUGAGAUGAAUCCCGAGUACCAACCAAGAAGUUUUUGUACAACAUGGAUGAAGCCGAAAGCUGGUAGAAUCAGACGACUGGGCCACCACAUCUCAUUUGUCAUCAGAGCUUCC